UGGCGGAACUUCGAAUUUGUGGAGGGAUUAUGAGUUAUGUUCAGUUUUAGGUUAUGUUUAUAACACAUGACGACGACAACUGUUUGUCAGUAUUGUUUUUGUAAUGAAGUUGUCUUGACUGAUAUACUGAAAAAAACGAAUAUUUGUUUCAAUAUUUUGGCACAGAAACGAGAAGAAUAUUUUUAACCUAGGAACUUCAUUAGCAACGAUAUAAAAUACUCAAGUUUAACCUUUAUAUCUGCGAAAAACAGUUUUUUGGUGAUAUUUAUAAUAAUUUCAUUAUGAGCUUAUUGAAAAGGCGACGUGUAUUUUCCGUUUGGUUAAGAAAGCAGCGUGCAGCAUCAACAUGCAAGACGUUGUCAAAGCAAAAUAAAUGGGCCCUUCCUAGUGGAUAUGAGACAAACAUAUCGGUUUUCAACUGUAUAACUAACUCAAAUGUGCCAUUAAUAUUGAAAAAUCCUAACCUCGUGGCAUGGUAUAUGUGUGGCCCCACCGUGUAUGAUUCAGCACACCUUGGUCAUGCUUGCUGUUAUAUGAAAUUUGACACAAUAAAUAGGAUUCUCUUGAAUUAUUUCAAUAUCAAUGUUGUCAUGAUGAUGGGCGUCACAGAUAUUGAUGACAAAAUUAUCAUUCGUGCUGCUCAACUUAAAGAAGAGCCAAGAAGAUUAGCUGAACGCUAUGAAAUGGAAUUUUUUGAAGACAUGGCUAGUUUAAAUAUUAUGCCACCAACAGUUGUUACCAAAGUAACAAACUUCAUUCCACAAAUCAUAAACUUUGUUCAGAAAAUAAUUGAUAAAGGACAGGCAUACAACACUGAAGAUGGCUCCGUUUACUUUGACACAAAGUCUUAUACUCAAUAUGGCAAACUUUUGCCUAACAUUCCCAGAGAAGAUUCAUCUGUGACAUAUAAGAGGUCUGCAAUGGACUUUGCCCUGUGGAAAGGAUCCAAACCUGGAGAACCAUGCUGGCCAAGUCCUUGGGGACCAGGAGCUGGGCGACCAGGAUGGCAUAUAGAGUGCUCCACUAUGGCAAGUGAUAUUCUGGGAUCUAAUAUUGACAUUCAUUCUGGCGGUGUGGAUUUGCUGUUUCCUCAUCAUGAGAAUGAAGAGGCUCAGAGUUGUGUUUAUCAUGGAGUGGGCCAGUGGGUGAACUACUGGCUUCAUUCAGGUCACUUACAUGUAAAAGGAGAAGAAAAAAUGUCAAAGUCCUUAAAGAAUACUAUUAGUAUCCAUGAUUUCCUUCAGUCAUUUUCUGCAAAUGAAUUCAGAAUUUUCUGUCUCUUGUCACCUUAUCGAAGCAGCAUGGAGUACACUGAUACAGCCAUGAAGAAUGCUGUGGCUAUCAUGAAGAAGAUUGAAUCAUUUCUCACUGAUUGUGAUGCAUAUGUUAAUGGUUAUACAGCUCUUGGAGAUAUCAAUGAAUCAUAUUUGUUGAAGGCCAUUUCUGAUGUCAAAACAAAACUUCUGGAAGCUCUUUCAGACGAUUUUGAUACUGCCACAGCCAUGAGUGCCAUUACAGAACUUGUGGGAGUUACCAAUAAAAUGUUACAUCAGAAAUGUGAACAUGAUACAGAGUCUGCUAGAAGUCCACUAGCAAUAGCAGCUGUGGCAUCCUUCAUUCAGCAAUCUCUGGAAAAAUUUGGAAUUGAUUUUUCAAACAGAAAAGAAUCCAGUAUGCAGACGAAGGAUCAUGGCCUGUAUCUGGGGAAGAUUCUCGACAGGGUGGUACAGUUUCGAAACCAAGUGAGACAUAAUGCCCUGAACCCUUCGGGAGAAGAUACAAAUGCACAGGCUGAUAAUGUCAAGAAAAGGGGAGUGAAAAAUACAGCCCUGCUGAAUGCAUGUGAUACCUUACGUGAUGACCUUCUGACAUCAGGAAUUUGUAUAAAGGAUCAUGGGAAAAUGUCUACAUGGAAUUAUGUUGAUAAAAAUGUUAAAGAAAAAACAUAAACAUCAAGGGAACUGGAAAGUAUAUAUAAAGUAUAAUUUUAAUGAAAGUUAAUGGCCAUUUUAAAUUAUAUUAAAAACCAAAGUAGGUAAUGAAUUGUAACUUAAUCGUCAUGCUGAGUACUUGAGUGAUGCACAAUGGUGAUCACUGGACAGAUCAGUGGUUCAUGUGAUGCAGGCAGAAGAACAUGCUCAUGCUAUGUGUUGCUCAGUGAAAAAAAUAUUGCAAAUAAGGAA